ACUCCAUAUUUUUUUGUGGCUGACGAUGACCCUUUUCAGACAGAUACAUGAACACACCCUCAACGUUGAUUUCGCAUCCCCCAUUUCUUUCUCUCUCUCUUUCUCUUCCUAACUCCUACUCUGUCUUAGCCACUAACUGCUUCACUUUUUCGAUAGACCAUGAAACUGUCGCAGACAUUGUUGCGGAGACCCUUCACAACAACAUCGCCAGCGUCACUCAACAGCCAAAGUUCAAUCUUGAGCUCAAAUGGUAAAAGGGUCUCUUUGUUGGGGUACCAAAGCCUCAGAUUUCUACGUUGCGCUUGCAGCAACUCAGGACCCGCCGUUUCUUCAUCUACGGUGAAUCCUUCUCCGCCGCUUGUUGCUUCCGAUUCUGGUUUUGAUUCUGUUGCAACUCAUAACUUGGUAGGGAAUCUGGAAGGCAUAGAGGAAGGCAUUGAGAAGGUGAUUUAUAGAUGCCGGUUUUUGGCUAUUCUGGGAGUCUUUGGGUCUUUAAUUGGAUCAUUUAUUUGUUUUAUCAAGGGCUGCACAAUUGUUGCAGAGUCAUAUUUGGAAUACUUUGUAAACCGCGGUAAAGUAAUCCAAAUGCUGAUAGACUCUAUUGAUGUCUAUCUUUUAGGAACUGUGAUGCUAGUCUUUGGAAUGGGUCUCUAUGAGCUCUUUGUCAGUAAUCUUGGUAGUUCAAGCUCUCUGCCAGAUCAAAACCCUUCUGACAGAUCAAAUCUAUUUGGUUUAUUCACUCUAAAGGAACGACCAAAAUGGCUGAAUAUAAAAACUGUCAAUGAACUAAAAACCAAGCUUGGUCACGUCAUAGUAAUGCUACUUCUGAUUGGGAUGAUUGACAAAAGUAAGAAGGCUGCUAUACACACUCCUGUGGAUUUGCUAUGCUUCUGUGCUUCCGUCUUUCUUUCUUCUAGUUGCCUCUUUUUGCUGUCUAAGCUCAAUGAAUGAGGCUAAAUGGUGUUUACAUCCAUGUUUCAAUGUCAGCACUGAAAGAAAGUAAGGAUAAGAACUGAUAUACACGCAUAAAAAAAUGAUAAUCUUCUAGUAUUUAUUAUUACAUUGUAUAUACAUGCAGUUAUCUUGACUUCAUUCCUUUGUUGUGCUUUUGUAUCACUUAACCAAU